AAUAAAACUGCCAGUUAUUUCGCCAGCAAAAACAGGUUAACUUAGGAACACCAAAGAACUUCAACACGGGAUAACGACGCUACAGCAAAACCACGGGCAACACUGCAGAGUCGCGCCCUUUUAUGGAGGUGAAGCCAGAGGUCCUCAGCCACCCGGAGCAGUUCUCGCUGAUCUACUCGGCCCACCCCUUCAUCGUGCCUGGAGGGCGCUUCCUCGAAUUCUACUACUGGGACUCCUACUGCGUGAUGGAGGGGCUGCUGCUCUCUGAGAUGCCCGGGACGGUGAAGGGCAUGCUGCAGAACUUCCUGGACCUGGUGCGGAUCUACGGCCACGUCCCCAACGGGGCCCGCGUGUACUACCUGCAGCGGAGCCAGCCCCCGCUCCUGACGCUCAUGAUGGACAGCUACCUGACCCACACCGACGACACCGCCUUCCUCCGGGACAACAUCGGGACCCUAGCCUUGGAAUUGGACUUCUGGACGGAGAACAGGACCAUCUCUGUGAGCUUGGGGGGAAAGAGCUAUCCUGAAUCACUAUGCUGCCCCUCAUGGGGGACCCAGGCUGCUUAUCAACCACAGGAAGGCUGCAGAGGAAAUUGCCCCAACGUAUUGGGGACUCAGUGGCUGCAUCCCUACUCUCUUGGGCCAUCCCUGGGGCAGGAGAGGCCCCAGAGGACGAAGACAGCAGGCAAAGCCCCCCCAGGACUGUGGGCUGGGGCCUGUAGAGAGGGCCUCUGUGGGAGAGCUCUGUCCUGGCAAGAGGAGAGGGGGAGCUGGCAGAGCGAGGACACGGAGGAGGACGGCAGAGCAGGAAGACCACGGGGGAGGCUUUGCUUCUUUACAGCUUGGCCGCCAGCCUGCACCGCAGCGCCCCCCUGUCCUCCCAAGGUGAGACCCACGUGCUGGCCAAGGCCUGGAGCAAGACCAGGAGCCUCAAGGCUCCUCCCCCUCCUCCCGCUCAAACCACAGCCAUCUGGGGAUCAAAAACACCUCUCUCUUUCUGUCUCUCUCUCUCUCUCUCUCUUUUUUUUUUUUAAACCCUGAGUUGCCUGAGAGAUGUGCAUGGUUGGGCUGGGGCUGAGUCACGAGGGCUGCCUGCAUACCCGGGAGGGUGGGGGCCGACUCCUGAGCGCUGGCUCUCAGACUUUGCACGUUUCUCUAUUUCUGCACAGGGCAGCAGUUUUUGCAGAAGGGGUUAAGAGGGUGCAUGUGGGCCAGGCACCAGCCCGCUGCAGCUGCCUGUGGCUGCCUCUGCCCACCCAGGGCAGCCUCACGUUCUCACCUCAACCGCUGGGGCUUCCGCUCCCCGUGGGAACAGGGCACAGGGUCAGGGGCUCCCGCCGCGCCCAGCCGACUGGGCAUCUCCCUGCCCGGCCAGGAGUCCCACAGACACAGCCCGGUGUUGGCAACAUUCAGAUGCUCCCAGGUGGCCCCGACUCACAGCCUUAUGAGCAAUGGAGUUAGCAAUGUUUGUACAUGUCCAUGAGAGAGGUUUUAAGUCAGAACUGGGUCCCAGGAGAUCCUGACUGCAGACUCGACUAUUCCAUGACAGGCUCUGUGUUCUGGGCAACGCUUUCAUCCGAGGCCGCUGGUAUAGAAAUUGAAGGCUCUGUUCUCCAUUAGGGGUUGCAAACUCAAACUCUAGUAACACAAGCGUGCAGAAACAUGUGGGGCUGACGGAACAACAGUACAAGAGUACCAUCUUGGAGAGUGAGGAGGGCCAGGGUGAGCUGGGUGCGCUUUCCUGUGUGAAUGAGGUCUCCAUCCGCUGUAGAAGAUGGUUGACCCAAGGCGGUGAGGGCUUCUUAUAUGCUAGACCUCCUGAUUUUUCCAAAGGUGGAAACCAAAAUUGUGAUGCGAAAUAUCCCAAUUUUUAAAUGCCUCAGUGUCCCAAAUUCUGCCUGGGAGUGGUUCCUUGUGGGAGUGAGGAGUGGUGAGGAGGAGACCGGACCCCACUACAGGGGGCCCCCCUGUUCUCCCUGAAGCAUUCAGGGCCCUUCCCUCCCGUCAGACCUCUCAGCCUGCAUUGUUGACUCUGGACCAUCGGUGCCCCUUUACCUUGAGGUACUCUGUACAUACUGAACCCUCUGUAAGCUCUUAGAAAUCAAAAAGUAAAAAAUAAUACUGUCACACUCAGAAAAAAGCUAUAGAAUAACUAUGGACAGUAGAUAACUCUCUGAUUGUCCUUCUCUGGAUCUGGAUUGGGCUUCAGCCCAUGAGGAUGCAACUCCUGGCUGACCUUGGGGAGUCUGUGCCUUAACCUUCUUGGGUGUCCUCACUCAAGUCUUACCACUUAGCUUGUCUUUUUUUUUUUUAGAUUUUUAUUUGACAGCGAGAAAGAGCACAAGCAGGGGGAGGGGCAGGGGGAGAGGGAGACACAGCGAGCCCCAUGGGGGGCUUGACCCCAGGACCCUGGGAUCAUGACAUGAACCGAAGGCAGGCGCCCCGCCGCUUAGCUCGUCUUAACGCGUUUAUAAGCAGGUGCAUCACUGGUAGGGAAACAACACUUUAAAAUAUUUAUUCGGCUUUGAUUUUGCAGUGAGGUUGCAGGCUGUGUGUGAGAAGGGGCCCUGGGAGAUUGCUUAGCAUUUUCUUAGUCCUCUGUAAUCCAGCUCUGUUCCCAGACUCACAGCGCCACUGAACAGAAACCCUGUUGCUACUUACCGGACCCACCAAACUUGGGAGCCAGCUGGCCGAGGGGGGCGGGUGGUUCUCACUGCCCCGACUCCAAAAUAUUUCUUUGAGGAAGAACACUCCGAGUUCCUCUCUCAGUAUCUAUCCUCAGGUCAGUGGUGUGACCAGCUCUCUUAAAAAAGUUGCUUUCCCAGGCUCUUGUACAGUUAGGGGUGGCCAAGGAUGCGGUUCUGACAAAUAAGAGGCACGUGGAGGUCACUGGAAGAGGCUCCUUGAAAGGGGAAAGACUCAGCGGGCUUUGCCCUUUGCCCUCCCCCUUCCCCUUCCUGCCCACCUGCCUUGAGCACAGAUGAAGUCCUAGGAACGGGAGAAGCCUCCUUGCAACGAUGAGGCAAUGAACCUGAGGCUGAAAACCACAUGCUUGAGAUGGCAGAGCAGAAAGUUGGAGACAGACUGGGUUGUCAGUGGCACCUUUGAGUCAUGACAGCCCCGGGCCCCUGUUAUAUGAGGAAAACAAACCCCUUUGUGGUUUAAGCCACUGGUUUUCAAUCUUGUGUCACUUCUGGCUGGAUAAAGUCUCAACCAGGUCCUUCUGCUGAGGCCUUCCGGUCAGGACACACUCCUUCAUUCCCAUCACAUGUCCAGCGUUGUUCUAAUGGCCCAGCAGUCUUGUGGGGCUCUGUCUGCCUGGCCACAAUCCAGGUGUGAGGAGCAGACAGAUCCAUCCAUCCGUCUGUCUGUCCGUCUCCCUACCUGCCUACCUGGAUCCAUAUAGCCAUACAUAUCAGGGGAUGCUGAACAGACGCAAUGACCCCCUUCCUCCCAGCCUUGUCUCCUGGAAUUCAGCUCCAGACCCCUGGACUUCUCAUCAGCCUGCAUGCAAAUGAUUCCUGGAGUUUCCGAGGUGACUGUUGGCUGGAAACUAACAUGUCCAGUUGCUGGGGUGCUGGUGAGGUUCCUUUUCAU